UACAAAUGUCAGAUAAAGCACAGACGUUGAAACGAAAGAAUUUUUGUGGUGUUCACGGGUCGAAAAACUGAAAAUUUCUUGUGAAAACUAAUAACUUUUUGGAUUACAAACCGAAGUAAUAUUAUUAACAUAAUUAAAAUUGAAAAAAGUGCUUGACGAAGGUGAGAAGUGUAUGUUUUUCGGUAAAAGUGUUGCGUGAAGUUUUAUUUGAAAAGUUUCUGCUUAUUAUCAAAUGUUAAAAGCAAAGAGCCUUUCACAUUUUAAAUAGUUAAUAGAAGAAAAAAAAAACACAAAGAAAAGGCCCUAAAAAGCCUAAAAUAUUAAACAGCAUUAAGUAAUAAUCUCUAUAAAUUAUUAUCGCCUGUAGUGUAAUAAAUUGAGAUUUGCUACAAAAUACAAGGAAAAAUUGAUGUGUUGUUUUCUGUUUACUGGCAGCGGUGGUGGCCAGACGACGGUGCUCAACAGCUGAAUUGUGGAUUGCUUGAGGUUUUUUUUGCCGACAAACAAGCGUAUAGAAAUAAAUAUAAGCGAGUGCAAAAAAUUUGUGUCAACUGCACAAUAAAUAUACGUAAUAAAUUUAACGUGGUAAUAGUACGUAAUUGCAACAACAACAACAACAACGACAACAACAAUAUAUAAAAGUAAAUAGUAAAGCGCUAAUAGCAGUUGGCGCAAUUAGCACGUAAAUUGUGACAAAAAUUUUUGGCAGUGUUUCAACCCGAACGUAUUUGGUUUUGUUGUUAUUAUUACAUUACAUUGUUGUUGCUGUUAAAAGCCUCAAUUCACUUACACUUCCAUACGUACGGUGUUUUGUGGAGAAGAGAGUGCGCGCAGUGUAGUGAGUGCGUCGUAAUUGCUGCACGCACAAGUGCUAAAGUGCUAAAAUAGAGUUAGUGUCGGACGUUAAUGGCCGAUGGAAAUGUUAUGUCAGCAGCUUCCAUAGGGCAUGCAGCUGCUGACUACUAUACAGUAGCGCCAGCAACAGCGACAGUGUCAUCAACACCAACACCAAUACCAACAGCAAUAGCAACAGCAACGCAAGCAGCCAGCAUGGCUGGUAAUGCCGGUGUAGGUGGCGUCAUGCAGACCAGUAGUGGCGUUACCGUUUCAACAGUGGGCAGCAGUAUUAACAAUGGCAGUAGUAGCGGUGGCAAUAUGGGUGGUAGCAAUAUUAAUUUGAAUGCGCCCACAAUGGCGACUGGGACAGCUGUUGCGGUGGCAGCGGGCACAACAACGACUUGCGGCAGCAUGGGCAACAAUCAAGGUUAUCACCAGUUGAGUGUCACGAUUGAAGAAGCUUCACUGCGCAACAAUGGGUUUCUAAAGCCUAAUCCAUAUGUGGAAUUAGUAAUCGAUAAUAAAAGUAAACGUAAAACUGAUGUGGUGAAGAAUACUUAUCUACCGAAAUGGAAUGAGGAAUUCACAGUGCUGGUAACCCCAAACUCCGUGUUACACAUCAAAGUGCUCGAUCACUCAAGCUUUCGGAAAGACACGCUACUCGGCGAGCGCAUUAUCAAUUUGGCGCAUGUGCUGCAACAAUUAAAUGGACGUUUCGAGUAUCUUGAGCUCACGAUGGAUUUGCUGGCUACCUCCAAAUCAGAUAAUCGGCAAACGAAAAUUGGCGAGCUCGUCGCAGUGCUAAACGGACUCAAGCUGGACAUGCCGAACGGCGUGCAGCAGCAAAACGGCAAUGGCAUGCAAAUGCUGCCGCCAACGAUCGGUGGCGACGGCACGAUAUUCACGCCCGCGGCGGGCGUACGUGGACGCAUACGCAUGCGCAAUGCGGAGAAUGGCGCGCUUAACGCUCAAACAGCGGCGGGUGCGGGUGGUAGUAGCAAUGUGGCGCACUUGACGGUCGGUGGUGGUUCGCGCUCACCCGUUGCGAAUGGCAAUCUGGAGCGCUGCGGUAGUGGUGGCAAUGUACCGAGUGGAGCUGUGCGGCGUGCUGCGCCACCGCUGCCGCCACCCGUUUGGGAACAACAACAGCCAAUGCCACAAACGCAACAACAGCAACAGCAUGUUGCACUACAACAACAGCAAAUGCAGGUGCAACAGCAGCAACAACAACAGCAAACACAAAUGCAAGUACAACGCAUGCCAUCGAUGAAUGGCGGCGGCGGCGCAGUGGCGGUGAACGCGGCCGGUGUGCAAGUGCGUCCCAUGUCGCAAAUGUAUGCGAAUGGCGGUGGCGGCGCUACCAGUAUGUCGCCGUUAGCGCUGCCGUCACAACCACAACAACCGCAAACUCAACAGCAAUUGAUGGAUAGCGCGCUGUUAAGCGCGGCUGGCGAUCAGGGCGCGCUGUUGACGCAAGGCGCAAUGCCCGUCUCCAAUGUGGCCGAUCAACAGUUGCAGGCCGCUCAGGCGGACGAUGAGCCGCUGCCAGCCGGUUGGGAGAUACGCUUCGAUCAAUAUGGUCGCCGUUAUUACGUCGAUCACAAUACGCGUUCCACAUAUUGGGAAAAACCGACGCCGCUACCGCCCGGUUGGGAGAUACGCAAAGAUCCACGCGGACGCGUCUACUAUGUGGAUCACAAUACGCGCACAACAACCUGGCAGCGACCGAACAGCGAACGGCUCAUGCAUUUCCAGCAUUGGCAGGGACAGCGUGCGCAUGUGGUGGCGCAGGGCAAUCAGCGUUUCCUUUACUCACAACAGCAACAACAACCGACAGCGGUUACAGCGACUGUGACGCAAGACGAUGAGGAUGCACUGGGUCCGCUACCCGAUGGCUGGGAGAAGAAGGUGCAAUCAGAUAAUCGCGUGUACUUUGUGAAUCACAAGAACCGCACCACACAGUGGGAGGAUCCGCGCACGCAAGGUCAAGAGGUCAGUCUGAUGAAUGAGGGUCCAUUACCACCCGGCUGGGAGAUACGCUACACCACAACCGGUGAGCGCUUCUUUGUCGAUCACAAUACGCGUCGCACGACAUUCGAAGAUCCGCGUCCGGGCGCGCCCAAAGGCGCUAAGGGUGUUUACGGUGUGCCGCGCGCUUAUGAGCGCUCCUUCCGCUGGAAGCUCUCACAAUUCCGUUACCUGUGCCAGAGCAAUGCAUUGCCGUCGCACAUUAAGAUAACGGUGACGCGUCAAACGCUCUUCGAAGAUUCAUACCACCAGAUAAUGCGUUUGCCCGCCUACGAACUGCGUCGCCGCCUCUAUAUUAUAUUCCGCGGCGAGGAGGGUCUCGACUAUGGUGGCGUGUCGCGUGAAUGGUUCUUUUUGCUCUCACACGAAGUGCUCAAUCCCAUGUAUUGUCUCUUCGAGUAUGCCAACAAGAAUAACUACAGUCUACAAAUCAAUCCGGCCUCGUAUGUGAAUCCCGAUCACUUGCAAUAUUUCAAAUUUAUUGGUCGCUUCAUUGCGAUGGCGCUGUAUCAUGGUCGCUUCAUUUACUCCGGUUUUACGAUGCCUUUCUACAAGCGUAUGCUGAAUAAGAAAUUGACCAUAAAAGACAUUGAGACCAUCGAUCCGGAGUUUUAUAACUCUUUGAUUUGGGUGCGUGAUAAUAAUAUUGACGAGUGUGGCCUGGAGUUGUGGUUCAGCGUGGACUUUGAGGUGCUCGGCCAGAUAAUACACCAUGAAUUGAAGGAGAAUGGUGAAAAAGAACGUGUCACCGAAGAAAAUAAGGAGGAAUACAUAACCCUCAUGACGGAAUGGCGCAUGACGAGAGGUAUCGAACAGCAAACGAAAACGUUCCUGGAAGGCUUCAACGAAGUCGUGCCGCUCGAGUGGCUCAAAUAUUUCGAUGAACGCGAACUGGAGCUCAUACUGUGCGGCAUGCAGGAUGUGGAUGUGGACGAUUGGCAGCGCAAUACAAUCUAUAGGCAUUACAAUCGCAAUUCCAAGCAGGUCAUGUGGUUCUGGCAGUUCGUGCGCGAUACGGAUAAUGAGAAGCGCGCGCGUCUGCUGCAAUUCGUCACCGGCACGUGUCGUGUACCAGUCGGUGGCUUCGCGGAACUUAUGGGCUCCAAUGGACCGCAACGUUUCUGCAUUGAGAAGGUCGGUAAGGAGACGUGGCUGCCGCGUUCGCAUACCUGCUUCAAUCGGCUGGACUUGCCGCCCUACAAGAGCUACGAUCAGCUGGUGGAGAAGUUGACAUUUGCCAUUGAAGAGACUGAGGGCUUCUGCCAAGAGUAGAAGGUUAAAGAAGAGUGAGGAGACAACGGCGGAGUAAAUUUAUUUAAACAUAAUUGUUAUGCAACGAAAUGCGCCCGAUGUCAUUUGUUGGAGUUUCAUUUUGUCAUGUACAUACAUACAAACACACAUACACAUAGGUGACCUUGCUCUUGUGUGUGUGUGUAACAACAAAUCUGUGGUGAUUUUUUUUUCUGUUUUGUAUUCUAUAUAUAUAUUU